GGGCUAUGUACGUAGACUCCCCGCACUGAGUUGUUAAGGUUGUUUCAGUUUGCAGAGUGGGUUGUUUCAGAACUCAGUUAUCUUCCCAAGAGGGGGUCACCAGAGUAUCAUGUAUGCGUCCAGGGGGGGUUACCCACCGCAUAUUUAAGCUCAACCCACUAGAGACACUCACCAGCCACAACCCACCAACAACAACAACCAACAACCAACCAACCAACCAACCAACCAUAGUAUUAGUAUCAAUAUCAUGAAGUUCCACAAACGAGUACCUUCCUUCUCAUUCACCUCAUUCACCUUCAACAACAACAACAGCAGCAGCAAUAACAACGAACAACCUGAACCAGUCACCUCCCAAUCUCACUCUCAACCCAGCUCACCCUCUCAGCCUCACUUUGAAGUGCAACCAACUCAAGAACCACCAGCCUCAGCAGUCCCACUCUCAACUAACUCACUCAGUCAUCAGCAACAAGAGACACCACGACCAUCACCUAACGACCAACAACUCGCACACCGUCCCCGGAAUGGAUCGAUCACCCUCUUACUCUCACCAGAUGACCCACUCCGCUUUAUCGUCCAAUCCACCAAAGCCUGUUCUCCAAGGAAACGAUCCGGAAGCCUCGUAGAACAAUCCAUGAGCUCACCCACCCCGGAUCAAUCGGAUGCCUCCGGAAGCGGUCGAAGGAGAUCGAGCUUUGCUGAACCAGUCAACCAGCCACUCACAGCCUUAGCUCAUCUCGACAGAGGUCGAAUUGCAAGCCCUAACAGGAGCAGUACUCUCACUCAGAGCAGCAGCAACAGCAACAGCAGUACCAGUCACUUUACUCGUCAUCGAAAGCGGCUCUCUAAUCUAUUCAGCCCGCUCUCGUACUACUCUAAUAACUCAAGAUCCCCUAGUCCUGCCAAUCGUACCGGCCGGCUCAGGCAGUCCUCUCACUCCGUCGAUCCCGAGUCAGAUCGAGAGAGCACUCUAGAUUCAAGCUCAAUUCAUCCCCAGAUCGAUCUCCCCUCAUCCUCAGAGGAUGAAUCAGAUUCCAAUCACUCAAACUCUGAUCAAUCCAGUGAUCUCGAACCGGAACUGACCGAUCCUGAGGCUGAGACCAUCCUCGCCAACACCAAUGCCAAUGCCUCCUCGAUCACACCCAUCGACUAUUUACAAAAAUCCAACCAACCGAUCCCUUUUAUCGAUCAGGCACCUAAUAUCACCUCUCCACCACCACUACCCAUCUCAUUCGCUCCUACCGAUCCUCGCAGCCUCUCCAAAGCUGUCAUCGCCCCCAACAGGAAAACAUCGACCAGCAGUCGGGCUGGCUCGAUCCGUCGAAGGACCUCCCUCGGUCCCCGUCAAGACCUCAAACUAACCGUCUCUAGACCGAUCUACCAGAAGAACCGAUGUACGAUCACUAUUGAACAUGGCGAUUGGCUAGAGGUGGCUAAAAAAGCCGAACGGACGCGUUUCUAUCUCGUUGCUUGCGAUCUCAGCGAUGAAUCCAAGUAUGCUAUCGAGUGGACCAUAGGAACCGUGUUGAGACAAGGAGAUGAGUGCCUUGUGAUUAUGAUCAUCGAAACCGAUUCAAAAUUUGAUCCUGAGGAGGGACCAGGCUCGGCGGCUGACCGGACGGCGAAGAUUAGGAAUCAAAAAGAUCGCCAAGAAAAGGCCACUCUGCUGGUUCGUGAAGUCACUGCGCUACUAGAACGGACCGGAUUACAUGCCAAAGUGACUUGCCAGGCCAUCCAUGGGAAAAACGCCAAACACAUGUUGGUCGAUUGUAUCGACUACCUCGAGCCUAAUCUUGUGAUCGUCGGCCGACGCGGAGAGACGUCUUCCAAGGGGAGCUUGAUGGGAAGCGUUUCACACUACUUAGUUCAGAAAUCAUCAGUGCCAGUGAUGGUGGCGCGAAGGAGACUGAGGACGUUGCCAAAGGUGUACAAGAAGAAGUCUGGCAUCGUCCCCACCGCCCAGCAACAGAGAAAGCUUAACGAGGCCGCUAUCGAGAAAUCUCUGACAGUCUCUUCGGAACUCCAUUCACCUGACAGCAAACGGCUCUCGGUCGUCAGCGAGGAAACCGAAAAACUUAACCUACAAGGAUUCUUACUCGCCGCUGAGAGCUCCCCACUUGAUUCAGGAAACACCGUUGAGAAUGUUGAUCAAGACAAGAAAGAUGAUCAUAGUGAUCAGAAAUCAGACGGAGCAGACCUAGAUGAGGAAAGGAAAGAAGUCUCACAGGAAACUGAACAACCAGGAGAUGUAAAACAAGAGCAAGAAGAGCAGCAGCAAGAUGAAGAAGGUUGUAGUCAAGGAAAGCAAAAAGAACCAGUAGUGGCACAAGAAGUCCAGAUCCAAGCGCACCCAACCCGGCACCCAGAUCCAGUGAUCACUGCUCACCCUGUCUCCAUUCUCGAGCCUGUAGCAUAACCCCCCCCGUGGUUUUCACAUCCAUUGUAGCAUCCCCCAUACAUGUAUCUCUAUCCCAACAAACCCUUUCAAGUUGGACUGUGAACGCACCUUGACAUAUAUACCCGUUCCUCUCUAUCUCUCUUUUCCAGAAACCUCAUACACAAGACCAUGAUCCCUAAACAAGAAAAAGAAACAAUGGGGACAUCCGUUAAUUAAUAUCAACUCGAAUAUGACCGACUCGUUAUCUCGCCCGCUCAUCAUAACUUUCAAGCAAUCAUCCACUGGUUAGAGCUCAGAUAAGGAAGAACUCCCUCAAGGCACCUCCUGAAAAGUCGAAAAACUCGACAAGUUUACGACAAGUUAAACACCUUUUUGGGGGGAUCAAAGAGGCUAGAGGGUCGCGAAAUCGGUCGUACAUUCUCGCUCUGUGAUCUUACCUUACUCCGACUUCCACUUUGUCUCUCUCUCUUGCUCUGUGUCUCUCUGUCUCUCUCCGUUGAGUGUCCUCAUUCUCCCAGUCUAUCAGUUUUGUUUAUCUCUCUAUUUUUAUAAUUCUUUUUCUCUCUUUCUCCUAUAUUUUGUAUAUAUAUAUAUAUAUACACGGAAAGGACAGUUCUUCCUCCAUUUGUCUUUUUCACAUUCUUUCUUUUUUUUUUUUGACCAUUUGUAGCCUUCCCUCACUCCUUUUCCUCUCUGCCUCUGCUUGCUUCUGACAAAUUAAUAAAAUUGAAAGCAAACAAAAAAUCCGCUCUAUUUUCCUUCCCCACUCUGUUUAUGUGUUGGUUUACUUGUGGAUUGUUUCUUUUUUUGUUUUGCAAAAAACAAGAGAACAAAAAAAAAGGUUCUUGGCUUGUUAUAGUUAUCCAACUUGAAUCUUUAUAUUCAAAAUCAGUUUUGUUAGUGUCUUUUUUUUUGUUUGUUUGUUUACAAGGAUUAUGUAUCUAUGUUUUUCUCUACAUGAGAAGUGUAAAUAACUUGGAAAUUGGUUUGUUGAAGUUACACGACUUUACAUUUGUUUUGUCUCUUUCUGUUCUGUUCUGAAGUGAGUUGAUUAUGGUGUGAUUAGUGAGCAGGUAGUUUGACUUACCUUUGGUUUGUUUGUAUCUUUCCCUUCUCAAUCACACACACAUGUGAUGGAAUGAAAGUGGAAACAAAAA